AGGAGGAAUGGUGAAAUAGGAGCACGCAAGCAUUAGCCAGGCAGGUUAUUAAAUGCAACAAACGCUACGGCUGAAUAUCUUUCAGGGCGUUAGUUAAACGGCUAGGCUGUUAAUUGAACGGCUAAUUAAGCUAGUUGGCUGCGACAUAUACAUCGUCUCGACCUAAGUCACUGGGGCCUUCGGGUCGGCCAGUCAGUAGUUCGACUGGUCUAGGUUCCACUUCUCACAUUAAUUUCAUAUACAAAGAUAUUUUAUAAUGAAUAUGUGAAACUAAACAGCGUGACAAUUCCACAUGUACGAAUUGGCUGGCACCAGCUUGAACUCUUAUAUAGCAUAUAGUAUUUAUGAAUAUAUAUGUAACGAUACUAACCACAUCUGUAUAUAUACCUCAUUGUUGUAUUGUGAGUUGACUUCUUUACACGUGUUGUGGAUACAGCGAAGAUGUUUUCAAUAAAGUUUUCGUUUUUGUUGAUAAGUGCAAACGUGAUAAUUACUUUUGGUGAACCACCCAAAAAAUUUUUCCGUCCCGACUACGAGAAAUACAUGCCAGAAACAGAUAGUUUUUAUAAAAUUUACACGCAGCACAAGACUUUUGAUGAUGCGAAGGAGACUUGUGAAUUAGACGGAGCAGAAUUGUUUUAUCCGGAAGAUGAAGACGAAGCUAAGGCUGUGAUAUCUUACUGGCAGGAAACUCAAAGGUUCCACUGGAUUAUAAUCGGCGUUUACGCACCGUUUGUGCCAGACGUUUUCGUAACGAUUCAUGGUGCUUCAAUAAACACUGUUUACAAAAAAUGGGGUCAAGCCGAACCAAAUAGUUUCGAGGUUUUGAAAACUUGUGUCAUUUUGCGACAUACUUUAAGUAUAAGCGAUGCUGUCUGCAAUAAUCUCUACCCCUUUAUUUGCAAGAAACGAGCAAGCACGAUUCGUUGGAAUAGACUAUGUGAUUUACCAAAUAGGAGUUACAAAUAUGUGGAACAAUUAGGUAGAUGUUACAAGUUUCACACAAAUCCAAGAAACUGGACGGAGGCUUUCCGAGCUUGCAAUGCCGAGCAGGGGUACUUGGCUAUCAUCGACAGUCAGGGAGAAGCGGACCACCUCGUGAACAUCACAAAGAUGGCGAAAAAAGAUGACGUGGAGGGCAACUAUCUUCGAGGUGCCAUUCAUUUGGGAUAUGUUAAGAAGAAUUCAGUGUGGCGUUCUAUUAUGGGUCGGCCACUCAAAUCCCUCGGCUACAAGACGUGGGGCACAAACCAACCCGACGGAGGAGAUAGAGAGAACUGCGGCUCCAUGUUCUUUAAUGGCAAACUCAACGACAUCGGAUGCAAUCAAAAAUGCUUGUUUAUAUGCGAAAGGGAGAUACCGCUAUUAGAAAACUCUAUUAACUUAAGGUUUGGUGAUUACGAUGAUGUACAGUAAUUAGUAGUAAAUUACUUGUUAUUUGGAUUACAGUUUUCAGUAUAUCAGCGGUCAAAGUUCGCUUCUAUUUUAAAACGUGUCUAGAACGUAAAAGAUAAGUGUAAUUCCUUUGAUAAAGAGGCCAUUUUCAAACUUUUUUGUAUUUCAUCAAACUAAACAAACUUUGAAUAUUAUGAAAUGCUUACAGAUAAACUAAUUAUAUUUCGUCUUGUAAAUAAUAUGUCUCUCUAUCUAAGAAAAUAGUAUUAAUUUAAUGUGAAAGAAAAUCUUUAUUUCGA